CUAUCUUUAUAAAGCUUAUGUAUUUGUGGUUUUUGGGAGACUUUAAUGGCUCUCUCAUUUGCUCUUAAGAUAGUGAUGUGUGAUUGAUUGGCUUCUUCAAGGCCUUGCGAGUAAUAUUUGCUUUUGCUGAUCGUUUAUUUAAUAAAAUGUCUAUGUUCCUGUUAUAUUUAUCUGGGGUUUAUUAUGUUAAUUGAGAAUUACUGAUCAAUCCCCAUUUGAUUUCACGAGUCAAAUGUUACAGCUUAAAAGUAAACCCCUGAGCCUAUCUAUGGUUUAUACUUCACAAUUGUUUAAUGGAGGAGGUUAGGUUCCCUUAUUCCCCACCUCUUCUUACUUGUUUUGCCCAUUUAUAAACAUCCCAAAAUCAGGAAAAAAGUAAAGUAAAAAGAAGGAAAAGAAAAGAUAUAUUUAUAUGAAUUUUCAUGCCAACCCCAUCCGACAAUCUGUAGUUAAAAAAUGGAAACGUAAAUUGAGGGAGCUGGAUUUGCGAAAAUCCAGAAGUGCUUGAGAUAGGUUGGACUUAUUUGUGGUCAAGAGCACUCUUCUCCAAUAUAAAAACAGGAGAGGACCAAACCCAUUUUAACAUUUUCAUUUUCUCUUUCGAUCCCUGUCCUCUCCUUCGCUUCUUCCUUUAAAAGAGGUCAGGUACUUUUUUCUCUUUCUAAUAUUCAAUCCAGUCUUCUCUUUUAUUAUCCUAUUGUCAUCUUCCCAUUUUCAUUUCAUUCUUUGUGAUUCAUGUUCACUGAUUGAGGUUGAAACUUCAGACCCCUAUUUAUAAGCUGCAAGUUUUUGUUUCUGAAAUCAAAGGAAAUCUUUGUUACUUCCCAUCAAUUGAUCAGAACCAAGGUUCAUGUCUGAACUCGAUGUGCAAAUUCCUACUGCCUUUGAUCCUUUUGCCGAUGCAAAUGCUGCUGAUUCAAGUGCUGGAGCAAAGGAAUAUGUUCAUAUACGCGUACAACAGCGAAAUGGUAGGAAAAGCCUAACAACUGUCCAGGGUUUGAAGAAGGAAUUCAGCUAUAAUAAGAUUCUGAAGGACCUAAAGAAAGAGUUUUGCUGCAAUGGCACUGUUGUCCAGGAUCCAGAGCUUGGUCAGGUUAUUCAGCUUCAAGGAGACCAAAGGAAAAAUGUUUCCACCUUCCUUGUUCAGGCAGGCAUAGUGAAGAAAGAGCGAAUCAAGAUUCAUGGAUUCUAAAUAGCAUCUCCAUGCUGCCAACGAUAUACUGCUGCUAUAUUUCAAGUGUUAAUAUAAAAUAUAUGGAUUUUUCAGUCUUCUCCCACUUCAUGUAUCAUAAAUCUCUGUUAUUAUUCUCAUACUGUAAAUUUGUUUUUGACCCGUUGCUUUUGUCUUUACACUCGUCUGUUAGACCCAGAGUGUUUCUGUUCUCAGUUCAGAUUAUGAAUCAUUAGAAUUGAAAUGGAAAUUGAUGCAAUGGCUUUACACAU